AUGCCUCGAAAGCGCGUUCUAUCCACCAGUAAUGAAGAGCGUGAGAAUAGGGCCGCGCGCAAGCGCCUGAGAACCGAGUGGCGGACAGACGCCACCGAAGGUGACAAGAAGAAGGCCAUUGAUAUGGCAGUUAGUAAGCUAGGAGGCAAAAAGUACUCCUGGAUGAGCCAGGCAAGUACCGCUUCUUCAAGCGCAAAUACGGCGGCGGCGGCUACUAGAGGUGAAACUACAUUCACCUCAACUUCUAGUAGUACCGACAAGCCCAUCAAAAAGCCUACCAGCAAGCGUGCGACCGGGGGCCUCAAGGCACCGGAGGUGGAGCAAGUUCGUGACACUAGCAAGUCACAACUGCCCACCCCCGAGCUGUCCUCCCCGGCUCAGCCCUCUCCUGGUGAUGCCAAAGUCUCUGCCGUCGCCGCCCCCGUUACACCAGCUUCUUCGGAGAGCACACCGCCGACUAGCAAUGCCUCCAAGAAGCGCAAGAGGGGUGGCAAAGAGGAGCCUAUCACGGUCUCUUCACGGGAUGCGAGCCCAAUCGUCAUCCCGUCCCGUGAUGGGUCUCCAGCCCCACCCCCUCAGACGCCUAAGGCCAAAAGGGCCAAGACGGCACACACGCUGGUUGACGAUGGCCACGUGGCUGAGCUUAAGGCAGUUCUUGACGGCGGCGCAUCAGAACAACCGCACGAUUCAUUUAAGAAAGAGCUCGAGGACGAGCUGGUAGCGGCUUUUGAGAACGACCUUGCGGACGACCAAGAGGCGUCCUUCCAGAAGGAACUGGAGGACGACCUUGUAGCCGCUUUUGAGGAAGACGAUCCAGUGGAUACCAAUGAGACUUCCUCUGAGAAAAAGCUCACCGAUAAUCCAGAGGCUACUUCUGAAGAAGAGCCAGCCGACAAGUUAGAAGCUCUUUUCGAGGAAGAGCCAGCGGACGACCUGGAGGCGGCGAUCGAGGAAGCCCUAGCGGCAGAGCUAGAGGCUCCUCUCGAGGCCGAGCGAGAGAGGGACGAACUAUACCAUGUAUUAGACUACGCUUGGCAGUUCAUGACCAUAGCGUAA